AUUGUCCAGAUUUUUACUUGGAAUACAGUACUUUAUUUCAUCUUAGAUCAUUCAAUUGUCAAUUAAAUUAGGAUGACUAUUGUUAAAAUAGUUACAUCUUGAAUUAAUCAGUCGGCAGUACACAUUUUAACUAACUUUGUCUCGCCCCGCCGUGUAUGCUGACUGUUAGCUAAACUACACAGCCUGACAUGUGGCUCAGCGCCUGAAUGGUUUCCUAGAGAUCACUUAAAUUCACACCAUCCCACCGCUUUAAAGAAUCACUCAGAAGCCCUUUCAGAUAGAAUAAAGCCGCCCAAUUCCAGGCUCCAACUUUUUCCUUUGAUUUUUAUGGACUGCCUCUGGCAGUCUGGGUAUAUAAGUGCAGCCAGCCAAGGCUUUGAAAGUGUUUUUCCAAGUUUCACAGUGAAGUAGAUGUUUGCCGCUUGCGUGACAGCAAUUAGACAGCUGUUGUGAACUGGAAGAAUCCACUUUAAUGGGAAAAUAAAAGAAGGACUGAGGAUAGAAAUAUAGCAUCAAUAUAGAAUCACCAUUAUAUCUUGCAAUUAUUAAAAUGUGACAAGAGUUCUCAUACAGGGGAAAAAAAAUCUCAUGGACAAUAGGAUGAUAAUAAAUUAAUUAAUCACACAGUAAAUUAAAUAGAACUCGAUAAUUUUGCCACCAUUAACAUAUUCGCAUUUGAAAAGCAAAUGGUAAAUUUAUAGGUCAUGGCACCAGUCAUGAUGAACUAGCGCAUACUUUAGCCACAUUGGAGUGACACCUCAGGCUAAAGCAGAUUAAACAAACGCUUCUUUAGGUAGCUCGUCAACUUUGGUUCGGUAUGUUUUUCACCAAAAUACGUAGUAUUCAUGCCAAAAUGUUGUGUUGCUGCUGGAUGUUCAUCGUACCCAAGUGAUACUGUAAGAUUUAAGGAAGGAGACAGAUGCCAACAUUGAGUUCUGUUCUGUUGGGGUGAUCAUUUUCACUAAGGAUUGCGUCGAAGGAACAUUUUUACAAGAAGCAUUUUAAUUGAAAGUACGCUAUAAACGCAGUUUGUAACAAUAAGCUAUUCCAACAGUACAUGGAAGAGAGAGUAAGUGACUAAGUUGUUUACAUAAUGUCUACGAAACAUAAUUCCACCAUAGUAACAAGGCUGCAAAGCAUUAUACAUCUUUAUAUUAGAACGAUGCGUUUACCAUGGGGGGCAGUGACAAAGAUGUAUCCUCAAUACAUCCGCAAUACAAUCCAACAUGCUAUAAGAACCCCUUUAUGCUCAUUAGGAUAAGAAUUUACACUUACCAUUGAGUCUUUUGAAGGCAACUAAUCUUCAUAUCCAUGUCUUAAGCCUUAAAUCCAUGUUCUGCAUCAAAUUUUUCUUCCUUUUUGAAAAUAAUCACUGUAAACAUGUGUUAUACACCACAGCGAGAGAUACUUACUGGAGCCGUGAACAAAAAUCGAACAUAUUUAAGCAAAGUUGAUGAAUCAUGUCAUGGACCCUUGAAAAUGAAAGUAAAACUCUUAUCUUGUCUGCAUUGCAAAAUAUAAAAAGUGCUAGAGAUGUACUACAGGUAUAUCACUGUGUGUGUGUGUGUGAGUGUGAUGCAAUGCAGUUUGUUUAGAAUGGGGACCACCAUGAGAACAGCAAGGAGGGGAGCACAUGACUCUGUUGCCAUGGCGUUCAGGUUGUCGUGCAAUUGGUGGUACCCUGGUGGGCUGCAGUCUGAAAGCUCAUCUGUUGUGUCUCGUCAUCUCUGCAUCUUUUCUGCGGAAUCGGCAGCAGCGAGACGACAGAGUAUUAUAGACUAGACCUAAAUAGUAGUGACGCACUCAUCUUUAAACUAGAACUUAAUGUUAGACCUGGCUUACUAUGAGCCCCUGCAGCCUGUCUCACUGUGGUAAAUGAAUACCCAGCAAUCCCUUUGCCGUGUGAUAAACACUCUGCUUUUGAAACCUCACAUUGCGCAGUAUGCAUCAGAUCUGUUCUGCAUUACUGAGCCAAGGGUAGCGAUUUAAGAAGAGGGGGGAGCAAUAAAGAUGGAGAGGUAGCGAAAUAAAGAUUUGGAGCAUUGGGGGAUUCUCCAAACUCACGUUUUCUGCAGUGCUGUUUUUGACUGAUUGUUCAGCAGGGGGUGGGAAGCAAAAAAAAAAAAAAAAAAAAAAAGAGCGAGAUCCACCAGUCACUGUUCACCUUAGGGGACUCUUCAGCUAAAGCGCAAAACCCCCACCCCCGCCGUUCUCCUCGCUACAUCUCUCUCUCCAUCGCCGUCUCUCUUCUCUGUUUGGAGCCUGCCCUUCCUCCGCCUCAUACAAUCUGGGCACAGGAAGGCUGGAUUUCCCCCCUCUAUGUCACUGGAUCCCAUCUGGAUGGUGGCUGGAGGCAAGACAGGUUUCGAAAGAGGGGUAGAAGCAGCAGGAUACAGAAAACAAAAGGAAAUGUAUUGAUUGCAUCGCGGGCGGGGGGGAUUCCGUCACUCGUUAGGGAAAACACCGGACGAUGUGAGGACACGCUUCUAACGGAAAAUGCGGAUCUCUGCCGCAGCCCCAUUUCGGAGUCCUAACAUGGGGUGCUUUUACCUGGUGUCGUCGGCACUAGAAAUCUGAGCGAUUCGGGUGCAACGGGAGGUCUCGGGCUGUAGGUCCUGAGCUCAGCCUUGGGGGUCCACUCAGAGAGGAGCGUACAGGGCUUCUGCUGGGGAGCGCCAGGGGCUCAGCACAGCUCAGCACCAUGCCUGAGGCCAACUACCUGUUCUCUGUGUCAUGGGGAUACAUCAAGUUCAAAAGGAUGCUGAACCGGGAGUUAAGCCACCUGUCUGAGAUGAGUCGCUCGGGCAACCAAGUGUCAGAGUACAUCUCCAACACCUUCCUAGACAAACAGAAUGAGCUGGAGCUUCCAUGUCCGGUUCCCAAGUCAAGGGAAAGGAAGCGGAGGCAAGGCCAGCAGCAGCAACAACAGCAAGGGGGAAUGAUGACUCAAAUCGGCCAGGUGAGGAAGAGCAGCUACGCGACCUGUAUCUCUGGAAGCACCAACAGCCGCUUUGGAGUCAAGACAGACCAGGAAGAACUGCUGUCGAAGGACCUGGAAGGCAUCAAUAAAUGGGGACUGAAUAUCUUCAAGGUGGCAGAGCACUCUCACAACCGGCCCCUCACGUGCAUCAUGUACGCCAUCUUCCAGGAGCGAGACUUGAUGAGAACGUUCAAGAUUCCAACAGACGCCUUUGUGACGUUUAUGCUGACCCUGGAGAGCCACUAUCACUCUGAUGUGGCCUACCACAACAGCCUGCACGCCGCAGACGUGGCCCAGUCCACUCACAUCCUCCUGUCCACUCCGGCACUGGAUGCAGUCUUCACUGAUCUGGAGAUCUUGGCAGCUAUUUUUGCAGCUGCAAUUCAUGACGUGGAUCACCCAGGAGUGUCCAACCAGUUUCUAAUCAACACCAACUCCGAACUGGCUCUGAUGUACAACGAUGAGUCGGUGCUGGAGAACCACCACCUGGCUGUGGGUUUUAAACUGCUGCAGGAAGAGAACUGCGACAUUUUCCAGAACCUGACCAAGAAACAGAGGCAGACUCUCAGGAGGAUGGUGAUAGACAUGGUUCUGGCAACUGACAUGUCGAAACACAUGAGCCUGUUGGCAGAUCUGAAGACUAUGGUGGAAACCAAGAAGGUGACCAGCUCUGGAGUCCUCCUGUUGGACAACUACACCGACAGGAUGCAGGUUCUCCGUAACAUGGUUCACUGUGCUGAUCUGAGCAAUCCCACCAAGCCUUUGGAUCUGUACCGACAGUGGACAGACAGGAUCAUGGAUGAGUUCUUCCAUCAGGGAGACCGAGAAAGGGAGCGGGGUAUGGAGAUCAGCCCCAUGUGUGACAAACACACAGCAUCGGUGGAGAGGACGCAGGUGGGCUUCAUUGACUACAUCGUGCAUCCUCUGUGGGAGACGUGGGCCGACCUGGUCCACCCGGAUGCCCAGGACAUCCUGGAUAUGCUGGAGGACAAUAGAAACUGGUAUCAGGGUAUGAUCCCUCAGAGCCCCUCCCCUCCGUUUUACUCGAGUGACAGAGAAACCGGAUCACACGGGGAGGUGGAGGGCGGCCCCGUGGCAAGCAAAUUCCAGUUUGAACUGACGCUGGACGACCAGGAAAGCGAGAGCGUGGAAAUGGUGUGCGACGGCGUGACACUCCAAGGUCAUCCCUCGCAUCAGGAGGGGGUCGACGCGGCCACACAUGACGUCUCCCCAGCGGAGACAUAGCCGGAGUGAGGGUUUUUCGAUGGUGAGGGAUGAGAGUCCAGCAUCUGUUUUGCUGUUUUUGGCUUCAUUUAAUUGCAGUGGAGAAAUCCUGCAAUGGAGCUCUUUGGAGCUUCCUGGCUGAAGGGGCCUUUCUGAAAAAAUGGGGCACCCCCUGCUGAAGAGGCUCGGAAACCCUGUGGCGGUUUGUUUUGGACGAUUUGGGCGAUUUCAGUGCAGAAACUUGGAGGUCACCGGCAAAGAAGGGGAUGCGGAUAUUAUACAUUUGUGUACUGGGAUGAGUGAAAAUUCCAAACUUGCACUUCAGGACAUUUGUUAUACUUCUUUAAAAAAAAAACAAAAAAAAAACUGUAUUGUGUUUUGAUUGGACGCCAUGCAGUUAAGUGUCCAGCAACACGUCUUAAAAAUGUGUGUGCCUUUUUUUUUUUUUUUUUU